CCCUGCGGCUGCUCUUCUGAACCCUUCACCCUUCGCGCAGGACCAGAGUCCCGGGCCUCUCCUCACUCCCGGAGCGGGCAGCGGAGGGCAGCACCCCGUCCGCGCCCUCGGAAGCGGGGCCAGGCAGCCGGCGGCAGGAGCCAGGCCCCGCUCCGCCCCUUGGGGCUCUACUCCGGGAAGGGCCUCGGAGGCUUCCGACGCAUUCCGGCGGCGGAGAGCGGAGCCGCCCAGCCUCCCGCUGGGAGCCGAAUUCCGGCCCCGCAGCUCGCGCCGCCGGCUCCCGGGGUGGCAGGAGCAGGGGCGCCGCGCUGGCCCCGCCCCAGCCCUCGGAGGAAAGGGGAUCGCUCCCUGCCGGUGGGAGGGGUCGCAGCCCGCGCUCCCCCUCCCCAUCGCCAGCCCCGGGUUAAAUGCGGCCGCCGCCUCCGCUCGCUCCAGCCGUCUGGCCGUCCCCACCUCGGGCACGCUGCCUGCGCCGUUACCUGGUCCAAUUGCCCGGGAGGCUCUGCCCGUCGGCUCCGCUCUGCGGCCGCGCCUCCGAGCUGUCCGGCAGGCUCAGGAUCCGACAUUUCCGUUCCCUGCCACCCAAGCGCCAUGAGGGGCCUUCUUUGCUCGCCACUGCCCAUGUUGCUGUUUCUUCUUCAGCCCUGGGAAACCCAGCUCCAGUUUGCAGGUCCCAGGUGUCGGUCGGGGCCCCUGGAUUUGGUGUUCGUGAUUGACAGCUCGCGCAGCGUGCGCCCCUUUGAGUUCGAGACCAUGCGGCAGUUCCUGGUGGGCCUCCUCCGCGGCCUGGACGUGGGGCCCGAUGCCACGCGCGUCGGCGUGAUCCAGUACUCGAGUCAAGUGCAAAGCGUCUUCCCGCUGGGCGCCUUCUCGCGCCGCGAGGAUAUGGAGCGCGCCAUCCGCGCGCUGGUGCCGCUAGCUCAAGGCACCAUGACGGGGCUGGCAAUCCAGUACGCCAUGAACGUGGCCUUCAGUGUGGCCGAGGGCGCGCGCCCCCCGCAGGCGCGCGUGCCGCGCAUCGCUGUCAUCGUGACCGACGGGCGGCCCCAGGAUCGCGUGGCUGAGGUGGCGGCGCAGGCGCGCGCCCGCGGCAUCGAGAUCUACGCAGUGGGGGUGCAGCGCGCCGACGUGGGCUCCCUGCGGGCCAUGGCGUCUCCCCCGCUGGACGAGCACGUCUUCCUCGUUGAGUCCUUCGAUCUUAUCCAGGAGUUUGGCCUGCAGUUCCAGGGCCGGCUCUGUGGAAAGGACCUGUGUACUGAGGGGGGACACGGCUGCCAGCACCAAUGUGUCAGCGCCCCAGGCACGUUCCACUGUGCCUGCAACCCUGGCUACCAGCUAGCUGCAGAUAACAAGAGCUGUUUGGCCAUUGACCUGUGCACUCAAGGGACCCAUGGCUGUGAGCACCACUGCAUCAGCUUCCCAGGCUCCUAUUUCUGUCGCUGCCGAGCUGGCUUUGUACUCCAGCAGGACCAGAGAAGCUGCAGGGCCAUUGACCACUGCAGCUUUGGGAACCACAGCUGCCAGCAUGAGUGUGUUAGCACAUUUGCUGGGCCACGGUGCCACUGCAGAGAGGGCCACGACUUGCUGCCCGAUGGGAAGAGCUGUGAGGCCCGGGACCUUUGCAAUGGUGUAGACCAUGGAUGUGAGUUCCAGUGUGUGAGUGAGGGCCUCUCUUACCGCUGCCUGUGCCCCGAGGGCCAGCAACUCCAAGCAGAUGGCAAGAGCUGCAACCGGUGCCGGGAAGGCCACGUGGACCUGGUUCUGCUCGUCGAUGGCUCCAAGAGCGUGCGCCCGCAGAACUUCGAGCUGGCGAAGCGCUUUGUGAACCAGAUCGUGGACUUCCUGGACGUGUCCCCCGAGGGCACGCGCGUGGGGCUGGUGCAGUUCUCGAGCCGCGUGCGCACCGAGUUCCCGCUGGGCCGCUAUGGCACGGCGGCCGAGGUCAAGCAGGCGGUCCUGGCCGUGGAAUACAUGGAGCGCGGUACCAUGACAGGGCUGGCGCUGCGCCACAUGGUGGAGCACAGCUUCUCCGAGGCGCAAGGCGCACGGCCCCGCGCCCUCAAUGUGCCUCGCGUGGGCCUGGUCUUCACCGACGGCCGCUCCCAGGAUGACAUCUCGGUGUGGGCCGCGCGCGCCAAGGAGGAAGGCAUCGUCAUGUACGCCGUGGGCGUGGGCAAGGCGGUGGAGGAGGAGCUGCGCCAGAUCGCCUCCGAGCCCGCGGAGCUGCAUGUGUCCUACUCCCCUGACUUUGGCACCAUGACGCACCUGCUGGAGAACCUCAGAGGCAGCAUCUGCCCGGAGGAGGGCAUCGGCCCAGGUACAGAGCUUCGGAGCCCGUGCGAAUGCGAAAGCCUCGUGGAGUUCCAGGGCCGCACGCUGGGGGCGCUCGAGAGGCUGACGCAGAACCAUAUCCUUUGGGCCCCGGGGCCCGGGGGCCCGGGCUGCGGGGGGCAGGGUGUAGGAACCCCCGAGACCCCCAGCGGCCUCCUUAACCGCUCACUGGCCCAGCUGACGGCGCGCCUGGAGGAUCUGGAGAACCAGCUGGCCACCCAGAAGUGAGGGCCGCCAGGGCCGGGAGCCGGGCAGGGGCGCGGCCCCGCGGACUGUGCCCUCGGGGCGCCGUCGAGGCGCCGGGGCCGGGCAGCUCCGGGGCCCCGAGGACUUGGGCUGUCGGGGAGGGGGCGCUGGCGGGCUCCCAGCGCUGCGCUCGAGCUGGCCUCGCCUGGACCAGAAGCCGGACUGCGGGGGACCGAGGGGCGCGCUAGGUCCGCACGCCCUCGCUGCGUGCUGCGCUCAUUCUUUGUUGGAUUUCCUUUUUGUUUUCUUUUUCUUAAAAAAAGUUUUCUUUUUCUUUUCUUUUUUUUUUUUUUUUUGGUUUCCACGGGGUCGGUUUGUGGGUCUUGCUGUGCCGCCAGGGGGAGGGGAGGCCAGACGCCGGUAGGUCCGGCGGCGUCCGGACGGCGGCUCCUCGGAGAAAGGCGCAUUGUGCGGGGGUCGGGCUGGGGGGCAGGGGGCCGGGCGCUGCUUUCCCCCCUUGUUUAUUCAGCCGCGAACAGACGGCUCCUUAUGCGGGCUGCGGGAAGGGAGGGGGCUCAGCGCGAACCCUCCGGGUUUGAGCAAGACUGCGCCCCUCCAUCCCCCAGCGGAUGGAGCGCUUCGCUCUCUGGCCGUGCCUAUCUCGUGGUGCCCCCCAGAUCGGGCUGAAAAGCUGCUAGAACUGGGAUGGGGAGUUGAUGAGAAAGCGAGAGACAGUCAUGAACCCCUAAAUGGACGGGGUUGGGGCGGAUAGGUGAGUGUCGCUUGGAUUUUAUCUCCCUCCUGCGCUACGAAGGAAGAAGAGGAGGCCAGGAUUUGUGGCCAGCGCUGCCGCUCAGGCUGUGACCCACCCUCUUCAUCCCCCGCACCCGCCAAAACAAAAGCAAAAGCAAAAGCCAACCCUCUAUCAGGAAAGAGCCCAAGUGCAUGUAAGAAAUUGCUAAGAUUAAAAUACUCAGUUUCUCCAGA